AUGAGAGAUGAAUCGGUGAAUAAAAUAAAAUUGAACUCAGAACAGAAAUCUAUAAGUUCAAAUGGUGAGGUGUUAAAUGAAAGUGAUACCAAUGCAGUAUUUAAAGAAAGUAUCCCAAAAAAUUCGGGGGAAAAACCAAAACAAUCUAAAACGGAUAUUCUGAGUAAGAUGGAUGGGAAAAUGCCGGUAGCUGAAUAUAGUAAGGAGAAUGGGAGUAUUGACAUUGGUUUUGCAGACGAAAUGAUUGUUAAAGCUCUUUCAAUAAGAAAGAAGAAACAAAACUCUGAAUCCGGAGUUAAAUUACGAAGAAUUGAAAAGUCGUCAGGGUUAGAUGAAACUAACUCGGCUCAGAGUCAGAUUUUCACUGAAAGACCAUUUUUUCAGAGAUUAACAGAUUCUAUUUAUAGGAGACUAAUUAUUGGUUCAUCUAAUCAAAUAAAACUUGUGGGUCUUAUUUCAGCUGCAAGGCUUUUAGUGCAUCUAUAUGAAAGUAACACUCUUGAAAUUCCACAAAAUGAGGAGGUCCAAUAUCGUAUUCCACUUUUAAAUUGUCACGUAGGUGACUGGCAGCCUGUAGAUUCGGAUAAAGUAGUUUUGUCUAAAUCAAGUAUAUCUAAGGAUAUAUUAGGAUGCUCUAAAGCUCCACACGCACCACCAUUAGUUAAUAGAACACGAAACAUUUAUAUAGUAACCCCUUUAAACUACGACGGAAACAAGGUUGGUGGAGGAUAUAGAGGGGGUGGAAGUGAUCCUCUUUCUCGGCUGGUCAUGAAAUGGAGAAAUUUGAGUGUUUCUGAUAUUCAGGAUUUUACUUAUAUUACUGAGAAUGGUUUCGACCUUAAGUAUAAUGGUUUUUAUAUUUUAUAUGCCAAGUCAAAUAAGCCAGACUCACAGUGGAAACAAUUCUACUCUGCUAGAAUGAGAACCAAUGCAUUUAAUAGUCGUCAUCAAAUCCUGAUAAACUCCACCCACUUUUCUAAACUUAUUAAACUCCACACAGUUCACCUUCAGAAAGAUGGAACUGAUUUACCCAUAGGUAUGGCCUUAUUUGAAGACCACACAGAGUCCCUCACAACUGAAGACAUAAGGAAAGAUUAUUCAUUUCAAUCAUCUAUGAAUGACUUGAAUAAUAUUUCAAACUCUUCUAAUGAACAUAAAUAUCCAAAGGGAAUUGAGAAGAAUUCAAAAACCACUCCGGAAACAAAGAAUGAUAUUAAUCACCUGCUCGAGACAAGUAAAGAUACAGAGUUUAAAAAGUUUUUUCAAGCUUAUCCUGGCCUAAUUUCAUAUCAGAAUCAAAUUCUGAAACAAAUUAACAAAGACACACCUGUUUUUACAUGCCCAGAAAAUGGGAAAGUUGUUGGAAAUCUUUCCAACCAGGAGAUAAUUAAUAAUGGCAAUGUAAUAACCUCAGGACAAGCUCAAGACCAAAAUAACAUUUUCUCUCAAAGUCAAAUUACUGGUUCAAACAUUAACUCAAAUUUUGCUAAAGAUUCUCUUGAGCUCUCCUUGCUAUUUAACUUUCGUUCCCUUAAUCCCAAACUUCAGACGGAGAUUUUGCAUGCAAUUUCUUGUAUAAAGUUCCUUAAUCAAGAUAUGUUUUCAGCUGCAUUACGUUCUGCCUUAGACGCAGCAUGCGUUCAUAAUGGCAGUUUAUCAGAAAAUCAAUUAGUCUCUACCAAAGGAUUUGGGUUUAUGCAACCUUUUCCCAAUACUCAAAAUGUGUUUGAUAAAACAAAAAAUGAACUUCCUUUAUUUAUUAGACUCCUUCAAGAUAACAAUACAGAAAAUGUUUUAAAUUCGAGCUGCAAUAGUAUUCAGGAAUCUUUCAUACCUUCGAAUGAAACUAAUAAACCCAGUUUUACCGGAUAUGGUGGAAUAGAUACCACGAAUUUUGGGUUCCCUUCAAAUCUCAGUAACGCCUUAUUCCCCAUUUUCUGGUCGUCUUUCUUAGCUACUCAGCAAUUUAACAAUACCAAUAGUUUUAUAGCAGAGAAAAAUUCAAGUAAAACUAAUACAUUCAACUUAAAUAAAUCCUCGGUUACUCCUGAUUCAAACAUUAGUGAUAUGGAUAAUCAAAAUGAUAUCCAAACAUCUGCAAUUAGUACGCCUAUAUGCAAGCCAAUAGAAAAGUAA